AGCUAGCGUAGCCUCGUAGGUGUAAAAUAAGAACGUGUAUUUUUGAAGAAUUGAAAUUGUAAAAAUAAUUAGUGAGAGUAAUUUUUAACUAAGGAUCUAACACUUAAAUAAAUUAUAUAGCUCAUUUUAUUUAUAUAAAUUUUUAGAGAAAUAAAUAAGCUCCCUUAAUAAUAUUGAAAAUAUUUCAUUUUAGUUAACUAUGAAAAUGUUAACAAGUAUUGACGAUAUACCUGAACUGUGCAAGGAGAAUGUAUACAUUAAAGACAAAGAAAGUUUAUUAAAGAAUAUCAACAAGAUCAUUGCUGAAGGCCAUAAGAAAUUGCAAAUUUUGACGGAUUUCGAUCACACAUUAACAAGGCAUGAUGUGGAUGGUGUACCCGUGCUUACUAGUUUUGGAAUGUUUAAGGAGUGUCCCUCAGUACCCCAAAAGUACAAAGAUGAUGAAACAAUGUUAGCCAAUAAAUAUAAACCAAUUGAAGUAGAUGCUAAUAUGAGCAUUGAAGAUAAAGUGAAACACAUGAAAGACUGGUACAUGGCCUCACAUAAUUUAAUGAAGGGUCUUAAGUUUCCUAGGAAUGAACUUAUGGAUAUUGGUCAUAAGAUGGUUGGAUGUUUCCGGAAAGGUGUCAAUGAUUUGAUUUCUUGGAGCGAGUGUCACCAGGUGCCUGUGCUAGUGUUCUCAGCUGGUCUCGGCGAGUGUGUCGUCGCUGCUCUUCAGGCCGCUAAAUUCUUACUACCUAAUGUCAAGGUGAUAUCCAAUUUUCUUGCAAUGGAUGAAAAUGAUAACAUAGUUGGCAUUCAAGGUGAAAUAAUACAUACUUAUAAUAAAAAUGAAACAGCUAUAAAACAUACAGAAUAUUACGGUAUGGUUAAGGAGAGGAAUAACGUUCUGUUAAUGGGCGACAAUAUCGGUGACGCGGGUAUGGCAGAGGGGAUGGAGCAUUGUGAUGUAGUCAUCAAAAUAGGAUUCCUCGGCAGAAACACAGAAGCCAAUCUACAGAACUAUGUGUGCACGUUUGAUAUAGUCGUUGUUAACGAACAUACUAUGGAUAUAGCCAAUGCAAUAUUAAAACUAGUGCUGUGAAUUUUAUAUUAUUCUUAUAUUAUAUAUUUUAGUGUUGUUGAUUUAAAACGUUCAUUUUUUAUUUUUUUUUUGUUAAAUAGGUUUUAUUGAUAAUCUGAUCUAACUUAUACUCGUGGAGGAAAAUGCAUGUCCAAGGUAUUUGAUACCCUAGGAAGCAUCGUUUAAAGUGAUUUUUUGAUAGUAUGUAGUAUUGUCUGCAGUCAACUUUUUUUUCAUUAAUAUGUCAAGAAACAAGUACAAACAACUUUUUUUUUGUUAUGAAAUACUAUUUCAAAUUUUUAUGUACAUUUCUCAUUUAUAAGUAUAACUUAUUUUGAGAUUACGGUUUCUUUGUGGUUUUAAAAUUUUCUGUUGAAUUGAUAUUUGUAAGGUAAUAAAUAAUUGUCUGAACAUAUUUUAACUAAACUUGAAAAUGUUUUUGGUACUUAGCCUUAGUACUGGUUCCUUUAAAUGAAAAAUGUGCUUUACUUUUUUUAUAACUUUUUUUUUUUAUUAAAAUUGUAAUGGGAUAUUCUUUGUCGGAAUAAAAAAAUAUUCAUUAUUAUACAAACUCUAUGUUGACUUUUUAUCUGAUCUUGUCCUCUGUUUUAAGAUUGAUGCAAAAGUAUGUAACGUUACAGCUUAUCAAUGGAUCAACCGAUUUUGAUGCAGUUUAUGUAAUUUGAAACCAAUUUAAUUGCAGUGGUUUCUAGUCGUAUUUAGUUGAUAUUGAUUCAGCAUUGUAAAAGUAUCAGCUCUGUAUAAAUACCCGUUGGUGCUUUACAUGACAGCUUAAUCUUUAUAUGAUGAACAAUGCCUAGUUAUAUUCUGUUUGAUAAAAAUAGUUAUAUAUAGUUCAAUGUUGACAUUUCAAAUGACAGUUCCUUUGAUGCAGGUUUGGCGUUUUUGUAUAUAUUAUUUAAAACUAAUAGACAGGAAAAUAAAACAAGGAUGAAAAAAGAAAUUUAGUAUCUUGUUAUUAUUAAAAACAUGUAUGUAUGUAUGCAUGUAUGAAUAUAAAUGUAUUUUCUAGUCACCGCUGUGAUUGUUUGUAUUCUCUGUAAUUUAAAGUUGGCCGUGUGAUAACAUUGCAAUAUAUAUCUGUGUCAUAGAUUAGCAAAGCAUGCCACUGGUAUAAAGAUAUCAAAACUAUCCCGUUACAUUGUUUUCUGUGAUAAUGUGCACGAUUCCUCUGUUAUAUAACAUUUCUAUAUAAUGCAAUAUAAUUGUUUAUUUGAA